CUAGAUUCUACUUCUUGCCAAUAUAACUGAUAUCUUACUAACUAAAAAUACAUAUUUCUUCGCUGCAUAUUUCAGACGACCAUUCACGUGUUAGGCUUCAACCUGACGAGAUGUCCUCCUCAGAUUACAUCAAUGCAAACUUCAUCAGUAACCAGCGUUAUAUCGCUUGUCAAGGUCCUACACAAAAUACGGUGACGGACUUCUGGAGGAUGAUCUGGCAAUUGAAAUGUAAUACUAUAGUCAUGUUAACUGACAUUGUGGAAAAUGGAAAGAUGAAGUGUAUGCAGUAUUGGCCAGAUGAAGAGCAUACUGAGUCAUUUGGUAACAUCGAAGUUACACAUAUCAACACUAGCUAUCAUUCAACUCAUAUACACCGAAGAUUUAUUAUUUCAAAGUCAGGUGGUCAUCAGAAUGAAAGAUGGACUAUCGAUCAUUUCUACUUCAAUAAAUGGCCAGAUCAUGGCAUACCACAGCACACAGAAUAUAUCUUAGAAUUCCGAAAUGCCGUAAGGUUCAGAGAAGGAACAACAUCAUCAUUGGUCGUACAUUGCAGUGCUGGUGUCGGUCGUACCGGAACUUACAUUUGCAUUGACAUUCUUCUCAAUGAAAUGUUGAGUGGUGAAGCUAUUGAUGUAUUGGCAUGUGUUACGAAGCUUCGGGAGGAGAGGAUGCAUAUGGUCCAGAAAAGGAUACAACUGGAGUUUAUAUAUGAUGUUUUAGUCGAGAACAUUCUCACCGGAGAUUAUGACAUAGAUGUGAAUAAUAUACCAAAGGAAUUCUCUAGAAUAACGGAAACAGACCAUUCAACAAGAGUAUCGAUUUUAGAGCAUCAGUUUCAGGACGUAAUAAAACAAGUCGAAGUGCGUGACACGGACAUUGCAUUAAAAGAGGGUGAAAUGGAAGGAGAGUAUGCGAAUUUCAAUAUCAGUGGUGUCUUCAUUGAUGGUCCUUCUUGCGAAAGAGAAUUUCUUGUUACAAAAUCUCCAAAUGAAAACAGUGUUCUGGAGUUUUUGAUGUGUAUGCGCAAAAGAGGUUACCUGAAUAUCGUAGCAUUUGAUUCAAGCGAGGCAGCACCUAUGUACUUGCCCAGGACAUUAAAUGAAACUGUUAAAAUUGGGCCAUAUCUCCUGGAACUAAUAAAUGUUGAAGGCAAAGACGUUUGCAUACACAGUGUUUUGAAGGUUGAAUGUGAUAACAAUUCGAGGAUCGAAGAAUUUGAGAUCAAUCAUUUCCAAGUCACCAUAUGGGCGGACGGAAAUUAUCCAUCAUCUGCAGAGAUUUUAAAACUAAGUGAUAUUCUCAGCGCUCAUCAAAAUGAGCAGUUCAAUAAAAAAAUUGCUGUGCAUUGUCGUAAAAAUUUCCAUAAAAGUGGUAUGCUGUGCGUCAUUCACAUUUUGAAAGCUGCAAUAACCAGUCAAUCAGUAGUCAACAUAGUACGGCUGGUUCGACUGGUCAAGAAAAUAGAACCAAAUAUAAUACCUGACUGUGAAUCCUACGCCUUCGUUUGGAAAGUUGCAGAAUAUUUACAGAACGAAUCGUCUCUAUACUCCAAUUUUGUACAGUGAUGUGUAGGAGUGAAUCAUUUUAGAGAUCUCUCAUAAUAAGUUUUACAUCUUAUGAAAUAAGAAAUGAUGUAUGCAAAACAAUUACUUGUUUGUUGGAUAACGAAAACAAGAGCCUCGCGGGAAUUCUUUGUUUCUCUCAAAGGAAAAGGAAAACCAUUUCAAGAAGAUAAGAAUUCGUCUCUCAAAAUUAAAUUACAUGCUACGGAGCGGGCUUCAUCUUUGUUUACACAUAUAGGCCAACUAUGAGCAUAAUUUGGUAAUAAUACCUUAUGCUGAUUACAGCGGCCAAAAUUAAUUCGGAACACUUUUCCUUCCCGAAAUGUCAAUGUUAAUUCGUCAGGAAGCCUUAGAAAGGAUGCGCCAAAUUUAUGGUUUUCAACAAACGAAAAUAUGGCUCUCCUUGCCUAUAAAUAAAUGGUUGAGGUUUUUCUUUCCUACACAAGUCAAUUAACUAUGAAAUGUUAAUAUUGAUAUCUUGGAAUUAUUACAUCUUUUUUUUUUGAGACUAUGCCACAAUUAGCGAUAAAUUAAUUUUUAUUGUCCCCAACUAAGAUUAAUCACUAUUUUUUUUCUAUUGUGUGUAUACAGCAUUAAGUAUAUCGCCGGUUAACAUAGUUAUCUAAAUUUAUGCCAUUUAAUCUUUUGAGUCAUUGCUCUUAUUCACAUUUUUCUUAAUUAUAUAUCUUACAGUAUUUUACGUGCUGAUUUAUUACAAUCAGUCUCCUUUGCCCCUCUCUCCAUUUUCAAUAUUUUGUCUAUAUAUUUCUCACUUUUUUAUCGUUUCUUAUAUUAAAUCAACCCACUUGAUAUCCUAAAUUUUAAUAUUAUAUAACAUUUGACAUUCCUACAAUUUCGAGAGGUAACGUUCAGCUACUUCGAAACAGCGACAAUGUUUUAAUAAAAACCAAUUCACGUAACACAGUUAUCCUCUCAAUUGAUACACCACUGCUUCAUUUACCAUUUCUCCUGUCUCUAUACAUACAAGGUUGGUAGCUUCUUUCAUAUAAUGUUGCUGUCAUUUCAGUUAAUAGUAUUCUUCAGUUCAAAGAUAACUGGAGUCUUCCUAAUUCACAUACUAUGGUGCCAUGAUUACUGAAAUAUCUCGCCUCUCAUCUCAAUAAGUAUACAAUUGUUGCCCUUUCUAUCCAUAUACCCUCGAUAUCCAUCGCAUUUAUACACAGUGUGUAUCCUCGCCGAUCAGAAUUAUAUCCCAUGCGUUCUUCACAAGUCAUAUACUGACGCUUUCCUCUCAGAUCAUACACUUCAAAAGUGUCUGUCUUUAGUGUUAAUGAUCUCUCCAUUCAUCCAUAACUCUUGCUUUCUCGAUUCAUGGACAUGCAGUUGGUGUCAAUAUCGUUGCUUAGAUCAAGAAAAUAUUGAUCAGUAAUAUUUUAAUUUAGUCAACCACAUUUUGCCUGGGGCUCAG